CCCGAGGAUAACCGGUUUCCUUCGGGACCUCCGCACCGACCUGUUCCUCGCCGCGAUGACCGGGACGGCCGAAUGUACGACGAUCGCUCGCCUUCCCGAUCGCGCUCGCCUGGCGAUUUGCCCCACUCUCCUCCGCAGGGACCAGCUUCAGAGCGAAGAGGGGACUAUACCAAAGAUCGACCCAACUCUAGACCUCGUUACCGCAGCCGGGACCGCGAUGACUACCGCCGCCGCUCCUCGCGCUCCCCUCCACCGCGGCGCGGCAGACCGGCGUACAGGGACCGCGAUCGCGAGGGCUACCGCUCCCCCGGAUACGGCAGCCGGAGCCGAAGCUACAGUCGCAGCCGCAGUCGCAGCCCCCGCCGAGGCCGGCAUUCGCAUUACGGGCAAGAGAGUCGGGAGGUGAUGAUGGAUGGGUUACCGGUGGAUAUGGUGGAAGAAGACAUUACGGAUGAGUUGAAAGAAUUCUACAAUGUGGAUGGUCUGGAUGACGUCCGUGUCAUUCGUGAUCGACAGACGAAGGUUUCACGUCAAUUGGGCUUUUUGAGAUUCCGAGAUCUCAACCAGUCGCGGGCGUUCGUCGAACGCAAUUUCCCCAACAUCUACCUCCAUGGGCCCAAUCCACAUAACGACCGCGGCACGAAGGUGCGCAUCGCCUACAGUCGCGAGAGAGAGGACCGUGCUCGGGCCCGCGCGGAGGCUGACUGGACCUGCAUGAUGUGUGCUAUCGUCAAUUAUUCUACCCGUCAAAAGUGCUUUCGUUGUCAAGCACCUCGACCUGAUGGCGGCCCCGCCGGUCCUCCUGGACUGCCGGCCCCGAGAGUCGAGAACCACGGCGAUAAUGAUGCGGCGCCCGAGAACCAACCGUCGCAGUUCCUUCUUUUCCGCGGACUGGAAUCGUCGGUCACCGAAGAACUGCUGGCCAAGGGUGUGGCCAAGUUGUACCGUCCUUCGUCUUCCAGCAAUGAUGCCACAGGAGGUGCGAAGAAGGGAGCUAAAGUGGCUUCGACCACGGGAGACUCGAACCUCGGGGCUCGAGAUGGCUCCAUUCGCCGUGUUCUGCUUGUGAGAGGUCGCAAAACUAACGAGAGCUGGCGCUACGGGUUUGCGGAAUUCGCGACUAUUCAGGAUGCACAAGCUGCCGUCACCCGACUCAAUUCAUUUGACAAGUUUACCAUCUCCUCGCGGCCGGUUUUGGUCAGCUACAUCCAUGCUGGUGUUUUUGUCCCGGUCCUUAAUCCCACCCCCAGCAAUGAACGAUUCACGUUCAGUCCGCUGAACAACCCAGCCUUGAAACUCAUGUACUGGGACGAAGAGGCCUAUGUGAAAGAGCUUACGGUGUCCACAGCGGAACUUGACAGCGGCAAGGGAGACAGGGCGGCUGGUCAGGAGGGACCCACAAAGGGCAGCAAGGACGCCGACAAGGCCAAGAAGCGAAAGGCCGACGCAGCCGCGAGUGCCGCGGCCAAGAAGAUGGCGGUACCGUCGCAUCUGCAGUUCUGGAGCAACCGCCACGCGGAGCUGCACGGGAUCCAGAAGAAGGAUGGCGAGGACAAACCGGGCGGUGGGGAGCAGCAGCAGCAGCAGCCGACCUCGGAGACUGCAGCAUCCCCGCUGGACCCCGCCGCGCCUCCGAGUCAAUCCUAUGCCAACCCCACCCAGAACUGCUGCUACCUGUGCAUGCGGAAAUUCAAGUCCACCGCCCAGGUCAACCUGCACGAACGCCUCAGUCAGAUGCACCGCGAGAAUCUGCUGGAUGAGGAGCGCAUCGCGCAUGCCACGCGCAAGCUCGUCAAGCACGGCAUCAUCCCGCAACCGACGGAGUAUCGCGACCGCGCCCGCGAACGGCGACAGGCCUUCGGCCGGUCCAAGGCUGGUGGAGGAGCCAAGCCGCGGCCCGCGGCUCCUGCGGCCAAGGAAGAGGAGCCGGCAGUGCCAGCAGCGUCCAAGGGUGCCUCGCUGCUCAGCAAGAUGGGCUGGUCCGCGGGGUCUGGACUGGGGGCGCAGGGCACGGGGAUGACGGCGCCGAUUGCGACCGAGGUGUAUGCGCAGGGGGUGGGCUUGGGGGCGCAAGGCGGCAAGCUGGGAGAUGCGACGGAGGAGGCGGGGCGCAACACGCGGGGUCGGUACGAUGAGUUUCUGGAGAAGACGCGACAGACGGCGCGGGAGCGAUACGAACAGAUGGAGCAGUAGGUGGGUAGGUAGAUGGGUAGAUUGGAAGCC